AUCUAUACAGCGCCUAUAACAGCUACGAAGCUAAUUAGGUUUUAUCCCGUUUAAACUGAAAAAGCUUCUUAUAUUUAUCAUAGUUAAAGCAUUUACCUUUUGUAUAGUGGCCUUGGGUUGCUGGGGCUUCACUGUAGUAAGCUAGCUAAACAGGCUAAUGCCCGUGUGGUGAAAAUGUUUAAAGCAAAAAUUCUCUUCGUUGGUCCUAACGAGAGUGGAAAAACUGUUCUUGCAAACUUUCUUUCGGACACAAGAGAAGACGUGGGCGGGGAAUACAGACCAACUCGAGGAGUCAGGAUCCUCGAAUUUGAAGCCCAUCCUGAGGGCAGCCAUGACAAGACUUGUGAGGUUGAACUCUGGGACUGUUCAGGGGAUUUUAAGUUUGAAUCCUGCUGGCCCGCAAUUAUAAAGGACAGCAGUGGGGUGGUGAUCAUUUUCAACCCUGAUGUUCCAAGUCACCUUAAAGAAAUCGAGACGUGGCAUGCCAUGUUCAUCUCCACCCAAAGUUUGCAGGAUAGCCAGUGUUUACUAAUAGCUCACCACAAGCCUGGGAGUGAGGUAGAAGGUGGUCGACUGCCUUUAGCACCAAAUCUGAGCAGGCUGCCAUUAAUUCACUCCAACCUGGAAGAACAGCCAGAGGAUUUGCGGCAUGCUUUCUACGGAUACCUGGGAGACGUUGUAAAAGCAAUGUCUGAGAGUCGAGAACGAGAGGAGAUGUCCAUCAUUACAUAGCAGUAAAAUCUAUUUUAUUUGAUGCAAGCUGUUUUAUUACAGCUCUAAAGAGAUGUCAAUGAAGAUAAUGUUUGUAAACCUGAUAUUUUCCAAACGUAAGCUGCUCCUUUUGGUUUUUGUUUUUCUGUACUUUAUUUUGUAAAUCUUCUGUAAAGACAGUGUAGCCAAACAUGUAAUGAAAGUAAAAACCCAAGACUGAUUCCAUGAUUUUAUUUGAAAAUGAGGUGGAAUUUGUUGACAAUAGUACAUUCAGAAGUCAGUUAACAGGAAAUUCAUUCAUUAGACAUCAUAUCCG